GUUCCCUGACUGACCCCCCCCCAUAACUGGCGCCUGACAGACGUGGCGUCGAGGCUGCUGCUGUGCGGAGGUGAAGCGAGAGGCCCACUUAGUCGCCCCCAGCCCCUUUGUUCCCUUCUACCAGCCCUCGGAUGCUCCCCAGUUCCAAAUUGCUCUUCCUGAUUCCUGGCUUACCUCGUCUAUUCCGUUCUGCUGCAAUGAGCACCGUCACUGGCGUAUUUGAGUUGCAGGCACCCCUCAACUACAGGGACGGGGCCCGCGUUCAGCCCGUGGAUGGGAACCACAGUGAAGAAGUGUAUGAACCAGCAACUGGCCGCAUCAUUGGCAACUUUCUCUGCUCUGGUGAGAAGGAGGUGAAUCUGGCUGUGCAGAGUGCACGGGCUGCAUAUAAAAUAUGGAGUCAGAAAUCAGGCAUGGAACGGAGCACGGUAUUAUUGGAGGCUGCCAGGAUUAUCCGGGAACGGAGGGAAGAAAUUGCUAAAAUGGAAACCAUCAAUAAUGGGAAGUCCAUCUUUGAAGCCUUGGUGGACAUUGAUGUAUCCUGGCAAUGUCUGCAGUAUUAUGCUGGUUUAGGCGGCUCCCUGGCAGGUCAGCACAUCCAGCUCCCGGGAGGAUCCUUUGCUUACACCAGAAGAGAACCUCUCGGGGUGUGUGUUGGGAUUGGGGCCUGGAACUACCCUUUCCAGAUUGCCUGUUGGAAAUCAGCCCCUGCUUUGGCCUGUGGAAAUGCCAUGAUCUUCAAGCCUUCUCCCUUCACUCCCAUAUCUGUCGUGAUGCUUGCUGAGAUUUACAGUGAAGCUGGUGUACCCAAGGGCCUUUUCAACGUGGUACAAGGUGGGGCUGCCACGGGCCAGUUCCUGUGCCAUCACCCAGAUGUGGCCAAAAUUUCUUUCACCGGAAGUGUGCCAACUGGCAUCAAGAUCAUGGAGAUGGCAGCCAAAGGCAUCAAACCAGUUACUCUGGAGCUGGGGGGCAAAUCCCCUCUCAUCAUCUUCUCUGACUGUGUCCUGGAGAAUGCUGUGAAAGGAGCCCUCAUGGCCAAUUUCCUCACCCAAGGCGAGGUUUGCUGCAAUGGCACUCGGGUGUUCGUCCAACGCGAGAUCCUUCCAGCCUUUAUCAAGGAAGUUGUGAGGCAGACCCAGAACAUCAAAAUUGGAGACCCCCUGCUGGAAGACACGAGGAUGGGGCCCCUUAUCAACCGCCCCCACUUGGAGAAGGUGCUGAGCUUUGUCAGACAAGCAAAGGAACAGGGUGCAGAGGUGCUGUGCGGAGGGGAGCCGUAUGUACCAGACGACCCCAAACUGAGCGAGGGCUUUUACAUGUCUCCCUGCGUCUUAGGGAACUGUGAAGACAACAUGACCUGUGUUAAGGAGGAGAUUUUUGGGCCCGUCAUGUCCGUCCUGCCCUUUGAUACAGAGAAGGAGGUCCUGGAAAGAGCCAACAGCACCCGUUUUGGCCUAGCAGGGGGUGUCUUCACCAGUAACAUCCAGCGGGCUCACAGAGUCGUGGCUGGGCUCCAAGCUGGGAUGUGUUUUAUCAACAACUACAACAUCAGCCCGGUGGAGCUGCCUUUUGGAGGCUACAAGAUGUCAGGGUUUGGCCGAGAGAAUGGCGAAGCGGCAAUUGAUUAUUACUCCCAGCUGAAGACUGUCUGCGUGGAGAUGGGCGAUGUGGAAUCAGUGUUCUAAUGUCUCUGGUUCAGCCAACAGUUUCCUGUUAGCAGUCAAUGGAAGUGCUCAGUGCCACAGAGUAUGGCCCAGACAGGGUCGUUGUGUUGCUGUCCCCCUACUUCUUUGAGUUUCCUUUGUUUUCUUCUGCUCUUUUCUUUUGUAGCAGAGAACGAAACGACUCACCAGAUGUAUGGCCUUCAGCAGCUUGAUCUCACAGGUCUCCCGUUAUGCUUCCCCCCCUAAUUGUCAGGUCUGGCGAGCAGAAGGGGAAAGUAUUGGCAGCCUAGGCCAAAGCUGUUCCCCUUCGCUGAAGCUGGGGCUGCCCAUCUUCCUGCUGAUCCUCUAUUCAGCUGCCACCCCAGACCCCUUCCUCCUGCUGCAGUAAUUGAUGUCAGGCCUGAAGCAGGACCACUACCUUUUCUAUGCAAAAACUUUUGUACACUGUUUUCUGAACAAACAAAGGAGCUGGCCUUGA